GGGGCGGUCGCUGCGUGGGGCCGGUGGGCGCGGCCGGCGGAGUGGGGUGUGCGAGGCGAGCGUGCGCCGAGUCCGCGGGCUGUCGGUCCCGGCCCGAAGCGGCCCGGUCCCGGCAGGAGGCGGGAGGUAGAACCUGCUGAGCGACGCGCCUGUGCACUGAGGAGCCGUCGUUCGGCCUGCGCGGCGGGGAGCGCGGCUCCAGGUCUGCUCAGGGUCUGUAGAAGCUGAAAUCCAUCAAGCACCAUUCUUCAAAAUGCAAUGGAACGCACUACAGACUGUAUGCCGACUGACACACAGGACAUGGCAGGACCCAUAUAGAGCCGGUCUUUUUGGACACUGUCACAGCCUAAAGGGACUAUUACUUUUGUGUAAAGCUGAAUCCAAAGUAGUUCUGGCACAGGACCCUCAAAGACAGUGGCUGCACUUACCUGCUGCCCAGUGCGCUGCAAAGGAAAGGAAGCCACCUGAUGCCCAUGCACCCCAACCUGGGGUCCUUCACCACAAACAGUGGGAGCAGGAUAUUUCCUCCAGGAGAGAUGCAUCAUCCAGUGCCAAAUCCCAGGGAACUCCUGCAGGAAAGAAGGAAGAACCUGAUCCUUUGCAAGACAAAUCUAUUAGUUUGUAUCAACGAUUUAAAAAAACAUUUAGACAAUAUGGAAAAGUUUUGAUUCCAGUACACCUAAUAACUUCUGGUAUUUGGUUUGGAACAUUUUAUUAUGCAGCCAUAAAAGGAGUGAAUGUCAUUCCUUUUCUGGAACUGAUUGGGUUACCUGACAGCAUAGUGAGCAUUCUGAAAAACUCCCAGAGUGGAAACGCGCUCACGGCGUACGCCUUGUUCAAGAUCGCCACCCCCGCCCGGUACACCGCGACCCUGGGAGGCACCUCCCUGGCCGUGAAGUAUUUGCGCCGAAGCGGCUACAUGUCGACGCCUCCGCCGGUUAAGGAGUACCUGCAGGACAGGAUGGAGGAGACGAAGGAGCUCCUCACCGAGAAAAUGGAGGAGACCAAGGACAGGCUCACCGAGAAACUCCAGGAAACCAAAGAAAAAGUUUCUUUUAAGAAAAAAGUGGAAUAGGAUGCGUUAUAGAACAGACGAUAGGAAAUCCAUGCUCUUUAACCCUUUGGAGAGCACGGGCAAAGAUAAUACCUUCUCCUGAUGAUGUUUUUGUCUAGCUGCCUAGAAAUACCAGUUCUCUGAGGGUUAAAGAACCAAGGUACCUUUUUUAAAGUUAAAUAUCACCAGAAAAAUCAGUGUUUUUUUGAAAGGAAAUAAUGAACCCAAUGUAAGAAUUUCACAUCAGCAGCUGCACUGGGCCGUGGUCGCCGUCUUCUAAGUCAGAGCUCUUUUUCAAUGUUGUCAGAAUAAUCCUCGCUUCAUGUUUGGGCUGUAUCUGGGCGAGGCAUGGACUCAAAUAACUGACAUCGCCCUUAGACAGUGUUAAUACUGGGUUUAAUCUUAAAGUUGUUCAUUAGGUUUUUACCUGUAUUCAGUUCUCAGUGUGGAGACAAACAUCAUCAAAACUGCCUGUGAGUGAGAAGGUAUUUAAAUAGUCUUUCUAUAAAAACAGCAUUUAACAGUUAUAUACCAGAGAAAAUAUAAACUUUAUAUGAAGAAACUUGAAUUAAAAUUGAGACGUAUGUAUGUAAAUAAGGUGAUGUAAAUGAAAAACUUGACCCUUUAAAAAUGAUUUUUACCUGAAGCUUGUGGUAAUCAAAUUUUUUAAAGCAAAUACAUACACAGUCAAACUUGUAUAUUGGUGACAAUCUCCUGGAACAUAAAAUAUUGUUGUCAAUUGUUUGUGUCCCCUUUAACUAGUCUUUCAAAGGAUAAGUGAAAAUAACUGUACCUUAACAUUUAUUGUUGAAAUCAGAUCCUCUUAAGCAGCAACUCAAGCUUGUGCUUCUCAGCUGGUUAAAGGUUUGGGAAGUAAGAAGUGGCAUUAGGCUGCCACGGAGAUUGCACUCGCUCGCUGACUUCUGUCUCAGCAAGCUGGUGAUCCUUCUCCAGUGAUGUCCAUUUCAUCAUGGAGUAAAUUAUAAAUUCAUAGCUUCUUUGAAACAUCCUUGCUCGAGCAUUUUACUUGAAUUCUUGAUAGCAAACCUAGGCAAUAAAUUAUGAUAAACUCAGUCACUGUCAUGUGAAAGUUGCUGUGAUUUUGUGGGUACAUUUGAGUUUGUGUGUAUCUAUUUCCUUUGCUCUAACUGCUUUUAUUAUAUCUAACCCUUGAACUAGUAUUUGGAAGAAGAAAUGGCCUCUUUUUAGAUUGUCAUUAUUUUCAGUUAUCUGAUGAGGCACGAGGUCAGGGGACAGCCAAAAACAGGCAUGCUGGGAUCACCACUGUUAGGCUGAAUUAUUUUGUCAAAUGGUUAGUUUGGCCAAAAUUUCAUGUUUACAUUUGAUACAUGUAAUCGUUAUCCUGGAAGCCUGUUUAAAUUAAUACACUGUAAUUGGAACUUCUUUGGGGGGACAGGGAGAGUAGAGAGCCUGGGAGCUAUAUAGCUCUCUCAUCAGGGCCUGCGGUUUGUCUCCUGUUACCGGGAGUUGAAUGCACUAGUCAAAUUGACAGCACAGUUUCAAAUCUGAGCACGAUUAACACGCUUCUGCUUCUUUAUUAAAUAAUGCAUUAUUUUUACACCUCUUAAGUGCUAAGAUAUUAACAAAUUUUUUUUUUCUUUACCACUCAAGACUAUGCCCAUGUUUUCACAUCUUGUGUUAUAUGGAAUUCUUUCUUCUUACACACUUCCCUUUUAUUUUUCAUAUUGUGCAGGGUCUGUUUCCUAAUGAGAUAAACUGUGGAUUCUUAGAAGUCACUGAUACUCAUGAGACCAGAAUUUAUCCUGAGUACUCAUCUUUUGGUCAGCCCACUUGAGUUGUGUUGCCACCAGUUUCAUAAUCAUGUUAUGCUUAGCCAGUUACAGGGAAUGAGAUGCUGCUUCUGGGGGCUUUGAAAUUCUCUAGUAAAAAAGUCUCUGAUGAUGUGGGAAAUUCUUCUGUCAUUAUUUGGCUUCAGGAAUGUUGCAAAAAUGCUGUUGCUAGCAUCCUCCCUAUUACUUAAGGGAAGCUACAAAUACAAGGAGACAUCUGUAAUAGGUUGGGUUUGGAAUAUUGCUAGCAGGCUAACAGAGUACAAUAUGUUUGUUGAGGUAAAGAAAUUAUCAAGACUGUAUAUAGGAAACCCUAUCACUUCAGUGGUAAACCCUACCCUUCUGUAAGGCAGGCAGUUUCCUCCCUGUGCCUGACAUGCAUGUGUCUCUAACGACAAUGACUGAGAUUUCAUUUACAUAAGGAUGAUAAGGGUUUGCUCAGCAAAUUAAUAAUUGAAAUGAAAAAUGGAUUAGAUAAGGAACUUGGUUGGUACCUUUUAAAGUACCACACCCCCCAAAAAAAUACCUUUUACUAAGACAGCAUUUAGCAUACAACAGAAUACUCUUACAGAUUUCUACAAAGGACAAAAUAGCACAUAUGUGAGAUUACCAUCCUCCCAGUAUUGAAAAUAAUAAAAUUAUGCCUUCAGAUAUAAUCUAUACUCUGUCUCUUGUGACAGAAUCUUCCCCAUCUAUUCACAAAUGAUGGAUAUUACCAUAGUCCUUUAUGCUUCAAGAUGAAAAGAACUUUUGGUGGUUAUGUCUCAUUUCAGUGGCUCUUAGAAGAUAAUUCCAGGGAUUUUGAAGAUCUUAAUUGUUUAGGCAGAAGAGAUGUUUAAAGAAAAGAAGCAAGACAUGUCUAGCUUCUUUCUUUGUUCUUUCCACCGAGUUCAGGUUAUCUGCAGGAUUUCUUCACUGAUUCAGACAUCAAAAACUGGCCAGUUGCUGGAACAGGUAAAGUAGAAUACGGUAAUAAUGAAAUGGACAGAACAUGAUUUUAGGGAACGAAACAGAAAAAAACAGUGCAUCUUCCCAGGUAUUUUUGAAAUACCAUUUUUGUAAAAUAUUUUUGUGAGACAUAUGUUUCUGAAUUGCUAUUAAAGAAUUCCUUCUGAAAAAUAACUUGUUUUCAUGGUAAUGUACACAUAUUAC